AGACAAAACUAGAAGUACAGAAGCCCUUAAUAGAAAGUUUAUCUUCUCCAAAUAGAUGGCAGAGUAGGCAAAAGCUGAUAGCUUAUAUAAAACCAGAAAUUUACAUCACACCCUUAUCACUUUCUUCCUCUCUCUCUCUCUCUCUCCCUCUCGCAUGCACAGCCACCGCCGUCACUCACACCGCGCCACCGACAACACGCAGUGUCCUGAAAGCUCUGCCGAUCGACAACAACUUCAACGCCCAAUCUUCGAAGUCACACGCGCCGACUAGUUAGUUGCAGCCUCGGAUUUCAUCUGCCUCCCCCACAUUUCCUGCGCAAUUCGGUCGCGUUACGGUGGAAAGUUAGUACGAACGUGAUCGGAGGGCCAAGCAGAGUACUUCUCGCUAACUCUUGUCGUCUAAGUCGUCGCUGACAUUGACCUUCGUGCUUUCUGGUCCACCGCCUGAUUUCCGGCGUCGUCCGACCGUUUCAAUAAGUGUGGGUGAUACGGUCGAGAUGAUAUUAUACGUUUAGCACCGAUCGUUUGGUCUCUAUCUGCCGGAGCUCCGCCGUCGCCACUCUGCAGUAAGGAUCUUAACCCACUGUACCUCACAAAAAUUAUUUCAGGAUAUAUUUGCACUUUGUGCAUUUGUUUUGACGAAUUGGGCGUUGGUUAAGUCUAUUGACGAGCUUUUGAAGCAAUUGGAACACUGAAGUGUACCCACUGACUAAGGUGCAACAAAGCAUUAAUGGAGCACACAUUAGACCUUCUACUGGAGAAAAUUUUAUCAUAUGUUGGGAACGAGGUGUAUUCGUUAAGUCGGGUUCAAGCUGAGCUCGAGAAAAUCAAGAAUGAGCUGGAAUAUAUGCAAUCGCUUAUCAACGACACAAAAGGCAAGAGAGGUCUCAGUGAUCUGGAAAAGACUGUGGUAAGAAAAGUCAAGGAAAAAGCUGAUGACAUAGUAGAUUUCAUCGAGGAGUACACAUACUUCUCAAACAAGAAUCGAAACUUAAAUAAGUUCUACACAGUCAUUUGUUUCCCAAAGGCUCUUAUCAAAAAGCAUCAACUCGCUACUAAGUUACGACACAUAAGGAGGUCAAUCAGAGAGAUGAGAGAGACAAGCAACCAAUAUUAUUCUAUUGAUCAUCAUCAUCAUCAUCAACAAAAACAACAAUGCAACAAGUCUGAGUAUGAUGCCGAUUGGGCAAUGAAAAAAAGCAUUGGGGAGUUGGCUCUUUUUGAGAGCGACAAAGAUCUUGUUGGAAUUAAAGAUUCAAAGAAUGAGUUAUUGGAUUUAUUGCUGGAUGAAAGGCUAGAUCGAACAGUUAUUUCAGUUGUAGGAAUGGGAGGUUCAGGCAAGACAAGCUUAGUUGCCAGUCUUUUAAGAAGUCCUGUAGUGAAGAAACAUUUCAGUGGCUUCUAUGCAUGGAUCACUAUCUCUCAAACUAAUUAUACAAUUGAUAAUGUACUUAGAUCCAUUAUUAAGGAGUUAGCUGAUAGAGUUGAGGAAAAUGUCAAUCCACAGGAAUUGACCACCAUGAAUCAGAUACAACUAGUGAAGAUGAUCAUCGAGAAGCUGCAUCAGAAGAAGUAUUUGGUUGUCUUGGAUGACGUAUGGGAGAUUGAAAAUUUGUGGUUACCGGAUACUCAUUACAACUCGAAUGGAAGCCGGAUACUCAUUACAACUCGAAAAGAAGACGUUGCAAAUUUUUCAUUUGGGACUAAAAGCCAUGUGUACAACAUUAGACCCCUAACAGAAAAUAAAGCUUGGAAACUUUUUUGGAAGAAAGCUUUGCCACACAACCCGGAUCAAUGUUCAACUGAACUUUUACUAACAGCAAAGCAACUUGUUAAAAAGUGUGGAGGCUUGCCUUUGGGUCUAGCAACUUUGGGUGCUGUAAUGUCCACAAAGAAGUUGGAAUUAGUUGACUGGGAAGGAAUCCUUCGUAGCUUGAAUUGGGAGCUAAGCAAUAACCAAAGGUUUAAUGUGGUGAAGAGUAUUUUAUUACUUAGCUUUUAUGAAUUGCCAAAUCGACUCAAGCAGUGUUAUUUGUACUGUUGCAUUUUUCCUGAAGAUUUUGAGAUUAAUCCACGAAGGCUCAUUCGUUUAUGGAUAGCAGAAGGGUUUGUUGAAUUGGGUAGAGGAAUGACACAGGAAAUGAUGGCUGAACGGUAUAUUACUGAACUCGUUCACCGAGGCUUGCUGCAAUUUACUACUAGGAGAACUUAUUCGUCCAAUGUCUUAAGGAUGCAUGAUCUGAACCGAGAGCUUGCUAUUUCAAUUGCAGAAGAAGAAAGAUUUUGCUGUGUAUACAAUGGUCAAGAAACAAAUCAAGACAGCAAAUUUUAUCGCCUAGCUGUGCAAGAAAAUUACAGAGGAGCAUUGGGAAGCAUGUCAAGGGUUCGCUCUUUCUUUGUAUUUGGCUCUGAGAUGGGUACUUCUUCAUUGCAAAGGGUACUAUGUGAUUUUACUCUAUUAAGAGUGUUAGACUUGAAGGAUAUCCCUAUUCCUGAAUUGCCAAAAGAAAUACUGAAUUGUUAUAACUUAACAUACUUGUGUUUGAAAAGAACACAGAUUAAGGAGCUUCCAAAAGGUAUAGGAAAACUUUGCAACUUGCAAACUCUAGACAUCAGACAGACUAAAAUUAAAGGGAUUCCAGAUGGAAUUGUGAGCUUAUCGAACUUGUGGCAUCUGUUCAUGCGCCAAUUUAAUUAUGCGACCAAAUUAAUGGAGUUUGAUCACUUUAACAUUUGUUAUAGCGCAAAGGCACCGGUAGGGAUAAGUAACCUAAAGAAGUUACAAGUUCUGGACAGCGUUGAAGCUGGAAAAGACACGAUUAAGGAACUAAGGUCCUUGACCCAACUAACGAAAAUUGGCUUAACAAAUGUGAAGGAAGCAGAUGGUGAAGAUUUGUGCAUUUUGAUCAAGCAAAUGAAGUGUGUGAACUUCUUACUUUUGCAGGCAUCAAAUGUUAACGAGGUGUUAAAAAUUGAUGAAGUUGCUUCAACUUCUCAAUUUCUUGUCAAACUUUAUCUCAUUGGAAAAUUGGAAAGGAUGCCACAUUGGUUUGCAUCUCUUGAGUGCCUCAAAAUUAUGUUCUUGUCAUGGUCCCGAGUAACAGAUGAUGAAUUUCUUUACCAUAUUAGCAAACUGCCUAAUUUGGCCAUACUCAGCCUCGUCAAAGCAUAUGAAGGAAACCAAUUGUGGUUUCAAAUGGGAUUUCUGAAGCUGGAGUGUUUGUUAUUAUGCAGUAUGCCUCAAUUGAAGGAGGUCAUUAUAGAGCCGGGAGUGAUGCCACGACUUGAGAAGCUUUUUAUUGUGAGCUGUUCAAACUUACAGAUACCUCGUGGUAUUGAACAUCUAAGCCGUGUCCAAAUGAAAAGGCAGUGAUUGGACUGCAUGCUGUGAUGAUUAGAGGUAAGCUAUCUAUCUAAAUAAUUCAUGUCCAUAAUGUAUCAUUGCAUGAUGUUUUUUCAGAUGCAUAUUUUAGUUGAAAAAAUUUGCUACGAAAAGAAACAUUUCAAGACAAUAUUUCCGCUGAUCUCACUGUUAGGAAUACAAGUUCGGUAGUUGCUUAAGUUUGUUACUAAUCUGUCAUAUAGUAACUCAUUUUAACCUUUUGUCUUAGCGCUCUAUAUAAGUAAGGAGCCCCAUUUGUAUUACUGAUUCACAUUGAAUAAACGCUCGAACAUUUUGAGUU